CUUUCCAGGGAGCAAUAUGUCUGAUUUCAGUCUAUGGCUGAUUUUUGCUGGGCUCCUGGCUGUUGGCAGCUGUGGUGUCAUGGAACAUAAACCACCCAAGACUUCCCCCUCACUGAAAAUAGCACCGAGCAAUGCAGAUUUUGCUUUUAAAUUCUACCACCAGCUUGCUUCAGAGGCUGCCAAUAAGAAUAUUGUUUUUUCUCCUAUGAGCAUCUCCAUUGCCUUUGCUUUGCUGUCACUGGGGGCUAAAGGAAACACUCUCAGCCAGCUUUUGUCAGGGCUUAGUUUUAACCCGAAGGAGAUCAGCGAGCAAGAAAUACACAAUGGUUUUCGUCAUCUUCUCCUUGCGCUAAACCGUUCUCAGGCGGAACUUGAAUUGAACGUCGGGAAUGCCCUCUUCACACAUGAUCAGUUCAAACUUCUGCAGAAGUUCUUGAAGGAUGCCAAACAUUUUUAUCAGUCAGAGAUACUUCCUACUAACUUCAAGAAGCUUAAAGAAGCAGAACAGCAAAUCAAUAGCUACAUAGAGAAGAAAACUAAUGGAAAAUUAAAAGAUGUAGUCAAGAAUCUUGAUCCAUUGGCAGUGACAGUUAUUGUAAACUACGUUUUCCUAAAAGCUUACUGGGAAAAACCUUUCAAUUACAAGUUUACGAAGGAAGGUGACUUCUUUGUGGAUGAACAAACCACUGUGAAAGUUCCUAUGAUGAGCAGAAACAGCUUUUUUAAUGCCUACUAUGACAAGGAUCUGGGCUGCCAGGUGGUGCAGCUUCCAUACAAGGGGAAUGCUUCAGCAUUAUUCAUUCUGCCUGACCCGGGGAAACUGAAACUCGUGGAAGAUGCUCUCGGGAAAAAAAUUCUAUUAAAAUGGGAGAAGUCACUGAGACCAGAGAAAAUACAUCUUACCCUACCAAAGUUUUCACUUGAUGGUAGCUAUGAUGUUGAAAAGACAUUAAGAAAAUUGGGAAUAAAUGAUGUAUUUACACAGAACGCAAACCUGUCUGGAAUUUCCGAAGACAGGAAUCUGAAGGUUUCAAAGGCAAUUCACAAUGCUUACCUUAGUGUCAAUGAGAAUGGCACCGAAGCUGCAGCUGUCACAGUCAUUGAAGUGAGUCCGCAUUCCGCAACGAAAAAUAUUAAAUAUGAACGGCCCUUCAUCUUUUUGAUCUGUGAAGAACUGAACAAAUCUAUCUUCUUCAUGGGACGGCUUAAAAAUCCAAGCAAGAAGUAAAUACACAGUGAUCAGUUACAUUAAUGAAAUUGUCACAAACAAAAUAAACACUGUUAUGCAAGUGUA